CAGUGUCAAGAAACAUUGCAGUGAUUGCACGUGUGGAUCUGGCGUUACAACGUGAAGUUGUCAGUUUUGUGCUCCAAAACAACGUGAAAUCUUAAAAAAUUUCCAUAAAGUGCGCGAAAAGUUUUUGUGACCGCCAUGCCGAAGGUAAAAACACAACGGACUCGACCCCACGAGGAGGUACAGCGGCAGAACAUCGCGUUUCGCACCGAGCUCGGGCAGCACAUCCUGAAGAACCCGCUGGUGAUCAACAGCAUGAUCGAGAAAUCGGCCAUCCGACCCACAGAUGUAGUCCUCGAAGUGGGUCCCGGCACGGGCAACAUGACUGUCAAACUGCUCGAAAAGGCCAAGAAAGUGGUCGCCUGCGAGGUAGACACCCGCCUCGUCGCCGAACUCCAGAAACGAGUCCAAGGCACCCAUAUGCAGAGCAAGCUUCAGAUUCUGGUGGGCGACGUGCUCAAAUCCGAGCUACCUUUCUUCGACAUAUGCGUCGCUAACCUUCCCUACCAAAUCUCGUCGCCGUUCGUGUUUAAACUCCUGCUCCACCGUCCCUUCUUCCGGUGCGCCACGCUCAUGUUUCAACGCGAGUUUGCGCAGCGGUUGGUCGCUAAACCUGGCGAUAAGUUGUACUGUCGCUUGUCCGUGAACACGCAGCUUUUGGCGCGCGUCGACAUGCUGAUGAAGGUGGGCAAGAACAACUUCAGGCCUCCGCCCAAGGUGGAAUCGAGCGUUGUGAGGCUGGAACCGCGCAAUCCGCCGCCGGCCAUCAACUUCGUGGAGUGGGACGGACUGCUUCGAGUCUGCUUCGUGCGCAAGAACAAAACGCUCGGCGCCGAGUUCAAGCAGACGGCUGUCUUGGCGAUGCUGGAGAAGAACUACAGGGUCCACUGCUCCGUGCAGAACGAGAUGCUGCCCGAGGACUUCAGCAUGAAGGACAAGGUGGAGGAGCUGCUGAACGGCGCCGGGUUUGCUGACAAGAGGGCGCGUACAAUGGACACGGACGACUUUCUAGCGUUGCUGCAUCUCUUCAACUCAAACGGGAUUCAUUUCGCGUGAUACCGUUGUUGUUGCGCUGUUGUUUUGGCGCUAUAGGUUCUGCAAGUUUGUGUGUGCGUUGAGGCAAAAUUGUCCACAGAGUCGAGCGACACGCUUCGUGUGCGCGCGGUGAAUUCGGCGAUCGGAUCGGACGUUUUCAGCCACAUCCAGUAGGUCCAAGGUUUCGGGGGAGCGUGUGUCGGUUGCUGAAGACGAGCGGCUGAAAACGUUAUUUCUGGUUACUUAAUUUGCCGUGCACGCGAAACAUUGCAUGUCUGUUAAGUGGUGUCGUUCCACUGACACGACAAGGGCAGAUUUUGUUUUUUGUCCGUCGGCAAAACGAAAUUGGGUCUUUUGGAAACUCGAGCGAUUUCGCACACCAUCGAAUGUGUUGACAAAAAUGUUCAGUUUUAGCCAGUCUCGGAAGCAUAAAAAAAAAAGGGGGCUGUCAACGAAGUGUAUUCACAUGUUGGUGAACGUUUGAUAUUUGUCACUCCUUUUGCGGUGUGCCGCAUAAACGCGUUUAUUGUAUGCUACGCUGUAUUUGCGGUUUGAGCGAGUCUGUGAGCCGGCUGGCCGCUGGAGUGGCCGUUAGUUACAGAGUUGCCCUACAUUCUUUCACGGCGUUGAGGCGAUUUGCUGUAAAUAUAUUUUCAAAUGUCACACAUAUAGGUGUAUUUGUGAAACACUGAUAUCUGAGAAGAAAAAUGCGCCGGUCUUCUCGACACUGCAGCCUGGGACAGUGAUCUGUCUGCUAAGCAAAGCCCUGUUCACAGACUUGCAACCGAGACAAGACCGGUUUUAAAGCCUCCUGCGACGUCUUGGAACUAGCUCCGCAGCAGCGCAUCCUGUCCUAAGACGUCGCAAAACCCCUUUAAAAACCGGUAUUGUCUCAGUCGAUCCUACUCGGUUGCAAGUGUGUUAGAAAAUUGCCAGUGGCCACGAUUACUGUUUUUUUGUAGCAGCCUGCAUUCAGAGCACUGUGCGUCGACGGACUUUCUUGGCUCCAACAUGCGAAAGGUGGCAGGUCUGCACUGUCGGCGCCACAAAGCACGAGCUACCGGCAACACGACAAACGAUGAAGAGCGCUACCAAUUCAGCGGAUCACUGAUAUUCCACUAUGUGAAUGUCGCCAAUGAACGACCAGCACCUUUAGCAGAGUAGCCAACAUAAAUUCCUCUGUACACAUGCUGUGAUGAUGCUGCCGGCACUUUUCGCCAUACUGUCUGCUUUGGCAGAAUUCAUAUCUCCAAUGCCCUAUAGGCAUUUUUCAUUUACUUUAGUUCUCAGUCACGCGUAUUCCAUAUUUGGCAUGUGGUACAGAAUAAUAACAUUUCAACCUGGAGUAUGCGAAAAAUAUAGGCGAGCGAAACAAGAAUGACAAUCGCACAUGUUUCGUGAACCCCUUCCAGCGGCGUGGAGAGAUCAAAACAAUGUUUUAACGCAUACCAGAAGUGACGACAUUAAAGAUGGCUGCUUCCUUGUGGAAAAGGUGCAUAGACAGCAGUAGUUCCAAGAUGGCGGAAAAGACAAUAGAUUCUCCAGGAUUUCUUGUGAGCCUGCUUGACGACGCUGCCUAGUGUGCUAGAAUUAAUUUAUUUGGCUGAAAAUACGAAGUGGUCAGGACAGAAGCAUAUUAAAAGUAACAAAGGUGAUGAUGUGC